AUGGAGGUAAAAGAUGCAAAUGCUGCAUUGCUGAGUAACUUUGAGGUGUACCAGUUACUUACUGAUCUCAAGCAGCAGCGUAAAGAGAGUGGCAAAACCAAGCAGAGCUCUGGGCAGCAGAAUCUGAACACAAUCAUGUAUGAGACACUGAAGUACAUUUCAAAAACACCCUGCAGGUACCAGAGUCCUGAGAUUGUCAAGGAGUUCCUGGUAGCCAUGAAAGACCAUAAAUUAACCAAGGCUGAAAAGCUGCAGCUGCUGAACCACAGGCCUGUGACUGCAGUGGAAAUCCAGCUGAUGGUGGAAGAAAGUGAGGAGAGGCUGACAGAGGAGCAGAUCGAGUCCCUCCUGCAGACAGUCACCACCAUCCUGCCAGGGGAUCCAGAGGAGCAGCACAGAGACUCAGCAAUGGCAGCAGAAGACAAAGGUGACCAGGCAUAGCAGGCAGCACUUCCAGAAGAGAUCCAGCUGCUGUUAGUCUGGGUUUGAUACCAGUUCAAUCCUGUAUUGGACAUAAUUGUAAAAUAGAUUCAAAUUUUUAUGAUUUGGAGGUGAUGAGGGAACCAAUUGUUCACAAGCAAGCAGGGAAAAGGACACUAUUGUUUGGGUGUUUUGUCAUAAACAGGGGUGCCAGUGCCAGAGUUUACACUGGAGCAGCCUGAGGAGUGUUGGGCUCAGCAUCUCUUGGGACUUUUCCAUUCCCCAUGGAAUCAGCACAGCAGGGCUGCCAUGAGAAUUCCUCUCAGAAGCUUUGGAGUUGCUCAGGUGGUU